CUACGUAACGUCAUUAACUAUUUGAUCGUAGCGUAGGCACGAUCGUGAAAUUUUGCCACUGAUCAUUAUAUAGGUACCGUGUAUUAAUCGUGAGGCAUCUGUAUACCUACGUCUUAUUAUACUAUUGAAACUGAGUGAAGAUGAAACAGAUUACUGAUCUACACAAUAAUAGCUAUGAUUUUUGGAAUAUGCAGAAAUAUAUAACCAAGAUGUUUGAAUGUAUACCUAACAAUCAGGAAUUAUUUAAUAAGAAGUUUAUUUUACUGCACAUAAAUUGUCAUACUCAUAAUGGAGAACAAUAUUAUUUUCCAGCUGAAAUUGCAGCACUGGAAUUUAAUUUAUUAAACGGUGUCUCUCGCACAUAUCAUCAAAUUAUUGGUCUUUCUAAAAUUUAUCCGAGAGGUUUUGCUGGAGGUAUGAGACAAUUUUCUGAUGAAUUUCAUCAAAUUUCUUGUUGGCAUGAACAUCCGGAUGAUUAUGAAAAUAUAUUAAUGGAAUUUACAACAUUUUUAAAGGAUGGAACAAACCAUACAGAUUUACAAGAAGGCACACUGGACUUACCAUAUUUGUACACUGUAGAAUCAGACAUUUGUAUAGAUAUGAUGAAAACUAAAAGUAGUUUGGAAAGACUAUACUCCACAGCUUUUCCGAAAGUUGAUGCUGAACAUUUAAAGUCUAUAUUCAAAAUAGGAAGUAUUGAAAGAUUAUUGUUGGAAGUCAAAAAAAAAUUGAACUUACACUUAGAUCAACGUAAUUUAAGAUCAGGGAUGUCUGUUCAUGACAUUUUAGAAUCUGAAAUGUAUGGACAUGGUCUCGGUUGUAUGUACCACGAGAUAAGAGAUAUUGCAUUCAAAUGUUCCAAAGCUCGCAUUCUUCAGUGGAUGUCAAAUAUUUGUACCCACAUAAAUGCAUAUACUGGCUUACAGCUUGUACCUGGCAAACACAUUGCAGUUCAAUUAAGAGAUGGUUCAAGAAUGAUUGUUGAAAAUGAAGAUUUGCCUCUCUCAAAACAAGAUUUAAAAUUAGAAAACAUAAAUUAAUUUACAUAUCCGUUCACAUUUUUUUUAAUUUAAUACAAUACGUAGCUGUCAUACAAUUGAUGUUAUUUAAUAAACUAUAAAAAAAAAUAUUAAAAUUAAAAUACACUUCAAUAUAUUAAUUUAUUCUGUUUA